GACUCUGCGCUAAAAUCGCGUGCGGACGUUCAGAGAACGCGGCGAAUCGUGAAACGUAAAACGGAAAAGUUUUCUAUCUAACUCGCAACGCGCUGCUGCGUCCUGCCAAAAAGGAAGGCACCCAAAAUCAAACUCUCACACACACACACAUAGUCGAGAUGGCUCUGGUUCCAGCAUCGAACAACAGUACGGAUUGGGAUUAUUGGGACUAUCGCCGUCGCUUGUGGCGCGAUUGGGAUCUGGCCGCCGACUGGGACUUGCCCUACUGGAAGCGCUUGUCGCGCGUCGGCUCGGCGCCCGAUCUGAGUCGCGUUGUCGUUGGCAAGGAUGGAUUCGAGGCCAAUGUGGAUGUGCAUCAGUUCAAGCCAUACGAGAUAUCGGUGAAGACGACCGGCGACACCGUCGUCGUGGAGGCCAAGCACGAGAAGCGCCGCGAUGGCGACAGCUUUGUGGGCCGUCACAUUGUCAAGAGAUUCGUGCUGCCGCGCGGCUACUAUCCCAACGAUGUGCGCUCCGAGCUCUCCUCCGAUGGCAUACUCACCGUGCGCUGUCCGCCCUAUCUGAGCAACGAGCGCAGCGUCUACGUGCGCCAAGUGGGGCCCUCGUACCUGAGCAUUAAGAACUAACACACAGACACACUAACUCACACACACACACACACUCACUCAGUCUGAGUGUGUG